UUUUUUUUCUUUUGUUUUUUUUGUUCUUUAUUUGAAUCCUUCUUGAAUUUGAAAAAUGGAGCAAUUCUUAGAAUACGUUGAAAAGCAUGAACGAGACUUUAUUGAAAGACUUCGUAAAGCCGUUGCUAUUCCUAGCGUGAGUGGCGACCCUGCUUAUCGUCCUGAAGUUUUCCGUAUGUCAGAAUUCCUCGUUGCUGAGCUCAAAGCCCUUGGUGCUUCUGUCGAAACUCGUGACCUUGGUAAGCAAAACUGGCACGGCCAAGAAUUGGAUUUGCCUCCUAUUGUUUUAGCUACUGUCGGCAAUGACCCCUCAAAGAAGACUAUCCUCGUUUACGGUCAUUAUGACGUUCAACCUGCCCUUAUUGAAGAUGGUUGGAACACUAGUCCUUUUGAAUUAGUAGAGGAUGAUCAAGACCGUUUGGUUGGUCGUGGUUCGUCUGAUGAUAAGGGUCCUGUUCUCGGUUGGAUUAAUGUUGUCGAAGCCCACAAGUCUCUUGGUCUUGAGUUGCCCGUAAAUCUCAAAUUCUGUCUCGAAGGUAUGGAAGAAUCUGGUUCAGAAGGUUUGGAUGCUCUUAUUUAUGAUGAAGCUUCCAAGUACUUCAAGGAUGUUGAUGCUGUUUGUAUCUCCGAUAACUACUGGCUUGGUACCACCAAACCUUGCUUGACAUAUGGUCUUCGUGGUGUCUCUUAUUACCACAUGAAGAUCAAGGGUCCUCGUGCUGACCUUCACUCUGGUGUCUUCGGUGGCACUGUUCACGAACCUAUGACAGAUCUUAUCAGUGUUAUGAGCAAGCUUGUAGACCCUAAUGGUAAAAUCCUUGUUCCUGGUAUUUAUGACGAAGUUCGUGAAGUUUCUCCCGAGGAGGAAAAGACAUAUGAUAAUUUGGACUUUAAGAUUGAAGAACUUCAUGAUGCCAUUGGUAACAAGACCAACAUUCACGACUCCGUUCGUAAGACUCUUCAGUGCCGUUGGAGAAAUCCUUCUCUUUCUUUGCACGGUAUUGAAGGUGCUUUCUACAAUCCCGGUGACAAGACUGUCAUUCCUGCAUGUGUUACUGGUAAAUUCUCUAUCCGUACUGUCCCUGAUAUGGAACCCAAGAAGAUCUCCGAAUUAGUUGUUAAAUACUGUAAGGAUGAAUUUGCUAAGUUGGGAUCCAAGAAUGAAAUUGACGUUUACUGCACUCAUGACGGAAACUACUGGCUUUCUAGCCCUGAACAUCCCAAUUAUGUUGCUGCUGCAAAGGCUGUUGAAACUGUUUACAAGGUCAAGCCUGACUUAACCCGUGAAGGUGGUUCCAUUCCCGUCACCCUUUCCUUCCAAGAUGCUCUCAACAAGAAUGUUCUUUUGUUACCUAUGGGCCGUGGUGAUGAUGUAAGUUGCACAGCUCUUGUUUUUUCCUCGCAUAGCGAUGAGUAAAAGGGAUUCUAGACUCAUACUUUUUCUUAUUUGAUAGGGUGCUCACUCCAUUAAUGAAAA